CCACCCAAAGUCAGUCUCCCGCUAUGAUGAGAGCAGGCAGAAGAAGGGGAUCAUGGCCCAGGUAGCGAUGUCUACCCUGCCCAUUGAAGAUAAGGAGUCUUCGGAGAGCAGGAUGGUGGUGACCUUCCUCAUGUCUGCUCUCGAGUCCAUGUGUAAGGAACUGGCCAAAUCCAAGGCGGAAGUGGCCUGCAUCGCGGUAUAGGAGUCAGACGUGUUUGUGGUCGGAGUGGAGAGGGGUCAUGCUUUCGUCAACUCCAGAAAGGAUUUCCAGAAAGAUUUUGUAAAAUACUGUGUUGAAGAAGAAGAAAAGGCAGCCGAGAUGCAUAAGAUGAAGUCCACACCUCAGGCCAGCCAGAUGAGUGUGGACACCGUAGAGAUCUAGACGCUCAGGAAAACAGUUGAGGACUAUUUCUGCUUUUGCUAUGGGAAAGCCUUAGGCAAAUCCAUGGUGCCUGUCCCGUAUGAGAAGAUGCUUAGAGACCAGUCGGCUGUGGUAGUGCAGGGCCUUCCAGAGGGAGUCGCCUUCAAACACCCUGAAAAUUAUGACCUUGCAACCCUGAAAUGGAUUUUGGAGAAAAAAGCAGGGAUUUCCUUUAUCAUCAAGAGACCCUUCCUAGAGCCAAGGAAACACCUGGGUGGUCGUGUGAUGGUAACAGAUGCUGAAAGAUCCCUGUUGUCUCCAGGUGGAAGUUGUGGCCCCAUCAAAGUGAAAACGGAGCCCACAGAAGAUUCUGGCAUUUCUCUGGAAAUGGCAGCUGUGACGGUCAAGGAGGAGUCAGAAGACCCUGACUACUAUCAGUACAACGUCCAAGGAAGCCAUCACUCUUCCGAAGGCAACGAGGGAACAGAAAUGGAGGUGCCUGCAGAAGAUGAUGAUUACUCUCCACCCACCAAGAGACCAAAGAGCAACGAGCCUCCACAGCCGCCUGUCGGAGAGCCUGCAAAUGCCGGGAGGUGGAAAGUGAGGGAGUUCAACUUCGAGAAAUGGAAUGCGCAAAUUACUGAUCUACGUAAACAAGUUGAAGAGUUGUUUGAAAGAAAAUACGCUCAAGCAAUAAAAGCCAAAGGUCCGGUGACGAUCCCAUACCCUCUUUUCCAGUCUCAUGUUGAAGAUCUUUAUGUAGAGGGACUUCCCAAAGGAAUUCCUUUUAGAAGGCCGUCUACGUAUGUAAUUCCUCGACUCGAGAGGAUAUUGCUUGCAAAGGAAAGGAUUCGUUUUGUGAUCAAGAAACACGAGCUCCUGAACUCCACACGGGAAGACCUGCAGCUCGACAAACCCGCGUCCGGAGUCAAAGAAGAGUGGUAUGCCAGAAUCACUAAGCUAAGAAAGAUGGUAGAUCAACUUUUCUGCAAAAAGUUUGCUGAGGCCUUGGGGAGCACUGAAGCCAAGGCUAUACCAUACCAAAAAUUUGAGGCGCAUCCUAAUGACCUCUAUGUGGAAGGGCUACCAGAAAACAUUCCUUUUAGAAGUCCCUCUUGGUAUGGAAUCCCAAGGCUGGAGAAAAUCAUUCAAGUGGGCAAUUGGAUAAAAUUUGUUAUUAAAAGACCAGAACUGCUGAUUCAUAGUACAACUGAAGUCACUCAGCCAAGAACCAACACUCCAGUCAAAGAAGAUUGGAAUGUUAGAAUUACCAAGCUACGGAUAGAAGAAAUUUUUAAUUUGAAAUUUGCUCAAGCUCUUGGACUUACAGAGGCAGUGAAAGUACCAUACCCUGUGUUCGAAUCCAACCCGGAGUUCCUCUAUGUGGAGGGUUUGCCAGAAGGAAUUCCCUUCCGAAGCCCCACCUGGUUUGGAAUUCCUCGACUUGAAAGGAUUGUCCAUGGGAGCAAUAAAAUUAAGUUUGUUGUUAAAAAACCUGAGCUGGUCGUUUCCUACCUGCCUCCUGGAAUGGCCGGCAAAGUAAACACUAAAGCAUUGCAGUCCCCCAAAAGACCACAGCCUGGGAGUAACUCAAAGAUUCCUGAAAUUGAGGUCAUGGUGGAAGGCUCUAACAACAAUAACCCUCAGACCUCCGCUGUUCGAACUGCCACCCAGACUAAUGGCUCCAACGUUUCCUUGAAGCCUCGUGGGAGAGAGUUUUCCUUUGAGGCCUGGAACGCCAAGAUCACGGACCUGAAGCAGAAAGUCGAGAAUCUUUUCAAUGAAAAAUGCGGUGAAGCUCUUGGCCUUAAGCAGGCGGUGAAGGUGCCGUUUGCAUUGUUCGAGUCUUUCCCGGAGGACUUCUAUGUGGAAAGCCUACCCGAGGGCGUGCCCUUCCGAAAGCCCUCUACCUUUGGCAUUCCGAGGCUGGAGAAGAUACUGCGCAACAAGGCCAAGAUCAAAUUCAUCAUUAAGAAACCAGAGAUGUUUGAGACGGCKAUCAAGGAGAGUACCUCCUCCUCCAAGAGCCYGCCCAGAAAAAUAAAUUCGUCACCCAAUGUUAACACAACUGCGUCAGGUGUGGAGGAUCUGAACAUCAUUCAAGUGAAAAUUCCAGAUGAUGACAAUGAGAGACUGUCAAAAGUUGAGAAAGCAAGACAGCUGCGCGAGCAAGUGAACGACCUCUUCAGUCGGAGAUUCGGCGAAGCUAUCGGCAUGGGCUUCCCUGUGAAGGUGCCCUACAGGAAGAUCAUCAUCAACCCUGGGUGCGUGGUGGUGGAUGGCAUGCCCCCCAGGGUGUCCUUCAAAGCCCCCAGCUACCUGGAGAUAAGCUCCAUGAGGAGGAUCUUAGAUUCUGCUGAGUUCAUCAAGUUCACAGUCAUUAGACCAUUUCCCGGACUCGUGAUUAAUAACCAGUUGGCUGAUCAGAACGAGUCAGAAGGCCCUGUGAUCCAAGAAUCAGCUGAGCCAAGCCAGUUGGAAGUACCAGCAACGGAAGAAAUUAAGGAGACUGACGGAAACUCUCAGAUCAAGCAAGAACCAGAUCCCACGUGGUAGACCUCUUCCCUCCCAGGCUUAAGGUGUCAGUGGUUGAGAAGAGCUUUUUGGACCUGUUACUGCCCCAAGCU